AUGGUCGACAUACCCCCGAACGAGUACAUGUUGGAGACGGUUCGAGAUACAUUGGUCGUUCGCUUUGCUCAAGUUGCUGCAGGAGCACUUAUCGCCUACGACAUUCUUAUCAAUCUAGAUGUCGAACUCAAAUACAUAUGGACAGCCCUCAAUCCUCGAAAAUGGCCUCUCAAAUCAGCAUCUGUAGUGCUCAACUUAAUUUACCUUGCCCAGAGAUAUCAACCGUUGUUGGAACAGGUCAUCUUGAAUGCCUAUGGGCCCGUCCAACGCGAAAUCAUGUAUGGUCGCGUACAAGUUGAGAGCAUUGAGUAUGGGAAUAGGAAUGGGCCUUUCGGAAUGGAUCCUCGUGAUGCGGAUAUGGGCAGUUUGGUUGAAUAA